CCCACCUGGAGGGAGACCAUGCAGGUUAGUGUCUGCUGAGGGAGUAUAGGGGCAGGGGGUCCAUUACACCCACCUGGAGGGAGAACAUGCAGGUAAGUGUCUGCUGGGGGAGCAUGGGGUCCAUUACACCCACCUGGAGGGAGAACAUGCAGGUUAGUGUCUGCUGAGGGAGUAUAGGGGCAGGGGGUCCAUUACACCCACCUGGAGGGAGAACAUGCAGGUUAGUGUCUGCUGAGGGAGUAUAGGGGCAGGGGGUCCAUUACACCCACCUGAAGGGAGAACAUGCAGGUAAGUGACUGCAGAGGGGGCAGGGGGUCCAUUACACCCACCUGGAGGGAGAACAUGCAGGUAUUGCGGAAAUUGUGAUGUGCAGACCUCAUGCUCGGAACUCACUGGGAAAACUAUUUGUUAACGAGUUCUUCCAUACUGUAGACAGUCUCCGACAUGACUCCAGCGUCCGUGUCGUGGUUGUCCGAAGUGCCGUGAAAGACGUGUUCUGUGCUGGAGCGGAUCUGAAAGAGCGAGCAAAGAUGGACAAUGCUGAAGCGUCGUAUUUUGUACAUAGGCUAAGAGGGCUGAUGAGCGAGAUUGAGAGUCUCCCAAUGCCGACCAUUGCUGCCGUGGAUGGCUAUGCUCUUGGAGGGGGACUAGAGUUGGCUCUGGCUUGUGAUCUCCGGAUAGCCGCUUCUUCUGCAAAAUUGGGACUGAUUGAAACCACACGAGGAUUGCUACCAGGAGCAGGUGGUUCACAGCGGCUCCCACGUCUGGUUGGAAUUGGUGUUGCCAAAGAGCUAAUUUUCACCGGCAGGCAAAUCGAUGGGGCACAGGCACAGAGUAUCGGGCUGGUGAAUGACAUGGCACCACAAAACGAGGAUGGGGACGCUGCGUAUAAGAGGGCACUAAAGCUGGCACAAGAAAUAGUCCCACAAGCUCCUGUAGCUGUGAGAAUGGCAAAACUUGCAAUGAACAAAGGAAUUGAGGUGGAUAUGUCAUCAGGAAUGGCCAUAGAGGCGCUGUGCUAUGGACAGGUCAUUCCGACUAAAGAUCGUCGGGAAGGAAUGUUGGCUUUCAUUGAAAAACGAAAACCACAAUAUACCGGAGAGUAACGCCAGGCGCUUGUUCAGUAAAGAAUAAAGGAUCAUUUCUAUCUGUUGACUUUUCAAACAU